GUCGUUCGGAAGCGCGGUCGGUCGGUCGGGUGCGUGGCGUAGCUUUUGUUCACGCGAACUCGCAACUUUGCCAUUCGAGUGUAUUUGAUCAGGAAGAUUAAUUAAUUAAAACAAAUAGCAAACUAAUUAAUUUCGGCUUUCACCAUCCCGGACUCCCGAACCAUCGCACAGGCAGCGGCCCCUGUUUCGCCCGGCCAAGACAAAAGUAAACCGCGUUUCGGCGAAAAGCGAAAUCCUGCGAAUUCAAACAGAACUUCAGACAAAGAAUCCGGGCCCUUUAGAGACCAAACUGUUGGCAGCGCCAUCAACGAGAAUUGGACAGGAAUUACGGCGGGACAACGAAAGACGACCAACGACAACUUUGUUCAUACCGCACCAUACCCAGCCCACCCAUCGGCGGUGGUGAUCGGUGUAGUCAGUGGGUUCCAGAGCGAGAGAGAGCAAACCGCAGAAUCACAAUCGUCGUCGGCAGCCAGUAGUCGAUAGCGGUUGUUGUUUUCGAACGCAUUCGACCACGAGAACUUUUCUGCUUGUCGUCAAGGGAAAAUUUCUCCAAUAAGCCAGAAGUUGAUGGUACAAACUUCAACUCCACAAGAGAUAAAGUUGCCAGCAUCCAAAAAGGACACGCAAGGGUGACGGCACAGCAUCAAAGGGGAACCGAAGCAGGAAAAUUGAUUUCCAUGGAAAUUCUCUCUUCAUCACAGUUUAUCUGUUGUUCGCACUGAAGCUCCACUGCGCCAGGAGCAACCUCGUGGAAAAACCAAUCACCGACCGAAUCGACGAGUGGGAUUUAAUCAAACGAACGCUGAAAGCUAUGGAUCCUCAUAACCCGUUUGGUUUUCAUCUAGGACCUCCAGCCGCCUCCGUCCAUACUCACCACCCAGAACCCACUCCAAGUCCACCACAAAGCGUCCCUGGAAGACGUACACCUCUGGGAACGGUGGGCCUAGGUGGAUUCUAUGCUCAACCCCAUGCAGGCAGCUCUGCAGCACUCACCGACGAAAACCGUCCAUCCGGAAGUGCUGAAAGUCAUUUCAGUGCAGCGGUCCACCAUCAGGCUCCAACAGGACCCGGUGGCAAGCAAAAGAAUCGCCAGGGAAAAUCCGUUCGUUUGAAUAUUAAUGCCCGUGAGCGACGACGGAUGCACGAUUUGAACGACGCACUCGACGAACUACGCAGCGUGAUUCCUUAUGCGCAUUCGCCCUCGGUGCGGAAGCUGUCCAAGAUUGCCACCCUGCUGUUGGCGAAGAACUACAUUCUCAUGCAGGCCAACGCACUGGACGAACUGAGAAGAUUGCUAGCUUACAUCCAAAGUGCCGCCGGAGCGGGUGCUCCAACCGUAGACUUACGGACAAUGCCCUCGGCACUGAAGCUUCAACAGUUGCUGCAGACUCCCCAACAGGAGCUGCAACAACAGGCUCAACAACAACUGCAACAGCUACAGCAACAGCAUCAGCAGCAGCAGCAACAACAACAGGCAGCACAGCAAUCUCACCAACAGGCGGGAGGUCCACCACCGAAUUCAAAUCCCUGAAUUGCAAUUGAAAUUUGAAAUUCUCCCAAUAUGCCAAGCAGAAUCGCAAUUAUUUAAACACGCUGCAACCAAUUUUAUCCUAGUCAUGGAAACGAAAUAUUCGAAUUAUUUUAAAGACGAAUUGAACUAUACCUCUAGAAUGUCACAACAACGCGUAGCAAUAAGUUUCUAUACUAGUCAAGUUUUUGUAACACAACUGCAACGUCGUAGUCAAGUUAUGAAUGUACUACAUAUUUUGAGCAUUCAAUAAAGCAUAAAGUAGUUUUAGA